AUUGUUAUGGUCGGGCUCUCCGGAAAUGGAGCAGAGCUAGUUGCUUCAAUAAACGGGAAACGAACAUAUAUUUAUUAAAAUAGACUGAGCCCCGGACUGGUUUCUGGUUCUAGCAAAACUUAAGCUACUUGGGCCCAGGAGAUUCCACGGGGAGGGGGGGUUGUGAUGUUCCUAUAUUAAUGUAUAUAUGGAUGGCCAGGCCAUGUUGUGGGACUUGAACGAAGGCAAGCACCUGUACACACUGGAUGGUGGGGACAUCAUCAACGCCUUAUGCUUCAGCCCUAACCGCUACUGGCUGUGUGCUGCCACUGGGCCCAGCAUCAAGAUAUGGGACCUGGAAGGCAAGAUCAUUGUGGAUGAGCUCAAGCAGGAAGUGAUCAGCACCAGCAGCAAGGCAGAGCCACCCCAGUGCACCUCAUUGGCCUGGUCGGCUGAUGGACAGACUCUGUUUGCUGGCUACACGGAUAACCUGGUUCGUGUCUGGCAGGUCACUAUUGGGACCAGAUGAGAGAGUGCAAUUGACCACAAGGCACAGACUCUUAUUAUGUAAAAAAAAAAAUCAAUAAACAUUUUUUUGUGCUGAAA